GAGAGAGAUAGAGAUAGAGAGAGAGGACAAAAGUUUAGUGAAGGAAUGUGAGUUAGUUUGAAGGCGGAAUAAAGACGUCCUGAUGGAAGAGUUUUGAAGCCAAAAGAAAAUUCUGACAUUCGCGUCGUGAUUCCAAAAACAACAUAACUUGGAAAACUCUGGAGCGCUUCAUAGUUUUUACCUCAGGCACUUCGAUUUUUCCAUUCUGAGGAUUACAAAAAUCUAUCUUGAAAAGAAAGAAGCAAGAAAUACUUAAGGAAAUCAGUUUACCCUGCAACUUUUAUGUUGCAUGUAGCUGUCAACAGAUUGACAACUGCUGUUUCUUAUCUUCAGUCUGUGGAUAUUGCUUUUUAUUAUUCAUUUAUCUUGGAGUUUACUUACUUCGCUUCUCCGCUGAAGUAAAAGAGCAGAUUACAGCGAUGAGAUGAUGCGAUCCGAGUCCACUGUCACUCAUUUACACAAACCGAACCGGAGCCGCCCGAAACCGAACCAAACAAUGAGCAGAACCGCUCAUUUAUUAACACUGUGCUUUAUGAUACUGAUGCGCAUCAGCUCUGCGGUACACGCGUCAGGACUACACUUUGCGAAGAGCCCAGUGAAUGUGACUUCCUCCCUUGGUAAACCAGUGGUACUUCAGUGUACCCUGCAGUGGGACGGCAUUGACCAAGAUCCUCCCCAAGAAUCUCCUCCGGAUGUGUUGUGGCUGAGGGAUGGAGAGCAGCUGGAUUUUGCCGACACCAACCAGAUGCAGAUGCUUGAUGUAGACAACAAUUGGCUGGUUAUCAGUAACCUCAAGAUUCAGGAGGUACAGCUUUCAGACAUGGGUGCCUAUCAAUGUGGUGUUUAUUAUGGUUCAGAUGAGGUAUUAUCUAUUGAAGGACAUAUCCAGCUGGAAGGUCUCCCCCAUUUCUCAGUGGAGCCUCAGCACAUAUCAGUUGUUGCAAACGUUGGACUGAGUUUGCACUGUGUGGCUCACGGGCCCCCUGAACCUGUCCGGGUCAUCUGGCUGCAGGACGGAGCUCCUUUAAAUAACCUGAAUGACCCAAUAUCUCUCUCACCUUCAACACUCAACCUCGCAGGCUUGAACAAAACCAGUUCUUUCUCCUGUGAGGCUCAUAAUCGUAAAGGUGUGGCAUCAUCUGGCACGGGUGUUGUGACCGUUCUUCCCGGCCGUCCUUAUGAGAUUCACGCUGAAGAGAUCACUAAUUCAAGUAUUCAUCUAUCAUGGAUGAUGGGCUUUGGAGGAAUCUAUCCCAUCAGCCACUGCACUGUUCAGGUUAAGUCUUCAGGUGAAGACCUCGAUGAGAGGACCUACAAAGCACUAAACAGCAGUCACCUGAUCUCAAAUCUAGAAGCCUUCAGCCAAUAUAACUUCCGAGUAGCAUGCCAGAACAGCCAGGGUGUCUCUGAUUGGACGGAAUGGGAAACCAUCAGCACUAAUGAAGGGGUUCCAGACUCGGCCCCAGAGAACGUGACAGCUGUGUUGAAUGGGACAGAGGUUCGACUGAGUUGGUCCCAACCUCCUGGAAAGAUUAAUGGCCAACUGCAGGGAUACGUGAUGGAGUACAACGCACCUAAUAUGGAACAGGUCAUGGUAGACACGGGUCUGGAGAAUGAAGUGUUUGUCAAUCUCUCGGCCCCUCUAUCAAACGUUUCCUUCAGAUUAUGUGCAUACACCGGUGCGGGGCAGGGACCCUGGACGCCCCUUCAAACCAUCACACUCAUCCCUGCAGAAAUGCCACUUCACUCCAGAGGUGUCUCAAGUCCUGCAGCUUUCUCCUGGCACUGGUGGUAUGUGGUAAUGGCCAUUGCCGUCGCCAUUGCUUUAGCAGUGCUUCUGGCUGUAUAUGUAACGAGGCUAAGGCGGAAGGAGACACGUUUUGGUGAGGCAUUUGAGCCCAUGAUGGAGAGCGGUGAACUGGUUGUUCGGUAUCGAGCUCGACGCACAUACAGCCGACGCACAACUGAAGCUACACUAAACUCUCUUGGGAUAAGCGAUGAGCUCAAACAAAAGCUACAGGAUGUGAUGGUGGACAGACAUAAACUAACACUGGGAAAAACAUUGGGCGAAGGUGAGUUUGGCUCUGUUAUGGAGGGUUCACUCACUCAGGAGGAUUCAGUGCUCAAAGUGGCUGUAAAGACCAUGAAAAUUGCUAUCUGUACUCGCACUGAAAUGGAGGACUUUCUAAGAGAGGCAGCGUGUAUGAAAGAGUUUGACCAUCACAACGUCAUGAGGCUUCUGGGUGUGUGUUUACAGACAGUUGAGAGUGAAGGCUACCCAUCUCCUGUUGUUAUUCUUCCCUACAUGAAGCAUGGAGACCUUCACAGUUACCUGCUUUACUCUCGACUCGGUGACUCGCCUGUGUUUCUGCCCUCUCAGAUGCUGGUGAAGUUCAUGACAGACAUCGCCAGAGGUAUGGAGUACCUGAGCGGCAAAAACUUCAUUCAUAGAGACCUGGCAGCUCGAAACUGCAUGUUAAACGAGAACAUGAAUGUGUGUGUGGCUGACUUUGGCCUUUCUAAGAAGAUCUAUAAUGGAGAUUACUACAGGCAGGGACGAAUCUCUAAAAUGCCCGUCAAGUGGAUCGCCAUCGAGAGCCUGGCAGACAGAGUUUACACCACAAAGAGUGACGUGUGGUCAUUUGGAGUGACGAUGUGGGAGAUAGCCACUCGAGGUCAGACGCCAUAUCCUGGAGUGGAAAACAGUGAAAUCUAUGAUUAUUUGAGGCAGGGUAACCGUCUCAAACAACCACCAGACUGCCUAGACUGCAUCUACUCCCUUAUGUUCUCCUGCUGGCUACUAAGCCCGAAGGACAGGCCCAGCUUUGAGAUCUUGCGCUGCGAGCUCGAAAAGGUCCUGGAAGAUCUGCCGAGCCAAGACCCGGAUGAGAUACUCUACGUCAACAUGGAGGAGUCCUCCGGAGAGCUGGGGGCCGUGGGGGGCCGUGACCCCACAAUGGGGCUCCCGUGUGCACUCGGGGCACUGAAAGGUUCUGGCACGGUGGCCACUGUCGAAGUGCACCAUCCUAAUCGUUACGUGAUCUGUCCUCAACAUGAGAACCAGCGCCUGCUCAACGCAGACUCUGUAGAGAGUCUUAACCUGAUGGGUUCGGUACCCACACCUAUACUUCAGCCCUCUUCCUGCUCCACUCCGGUGCCGCCCUCUGAAAAUCAGUUUCAAGAGGAGAGAGACAGUCUAGCGGGCAAGAAAUUGCCCUGGCAGUGACGACUAAAACUAAAGACAUGCUGACUUUAAUGAAGAGCUAAGAUAUUGCUCCGAUCUCAUAACUUUGCACAAAAUUCAACACACUCCAGACAUUCGGUGUUUAAUGAAACAGUUCACCCAGGAAUCGUGUUCCUGGUUUAAAUAUUCACACAGCGUUUUUACACAAGAAUGAAAUCAUGAGUGUUUAAAAGACAGCCUGAGAUUUAAGAUGUUAUUCAACUUUGGGUACAAUGCUUGGUUACACCAGGUUUUACAGCUUAAACUGAUGCUUGUGUGUAGUUUUAGCAGAAGGGAAACAUAAGAGUAAAUAAUAUUUUAGAUAUAAUGAUCAUUCCCCUCACCUCGUUGUUUUAUUUAGUGUAGAUAUUGAUGGGUCAAGAUGGAAGUUUUUACUUUGUCUAUUCAGACCGAAAAAGAAAUGCAACAUAAAUAAUGCAUCCAGUAACACAGCUUGUUAAGGAGAUGUGUGCAAUUUAGUUUUUUUUUUCAUUUAGGGGUUAAUCAUUUCAUCAUAGAGGCUUGUGGUGAUCACGUUUUAUUGAAACACCUAGCAAUGCCUUAAAAACGAAGUAGCAACUGGUAACUUUAGCUUUUGCAAUGUGUUAGGACAAAAGUGUAUUAUGGUUUUGUUUCAUUUUAGUUUAGCACUUACAUUGCGUCACAGCUGAAGAAAACAUAAUAUUAGAUUCAAAGCCCAUAUUUCACAAAAGCUUGCACAUGAACCAAACUCAACCUUAUGAGAUUUAUACUAGUUAAACCAAGCAAAUCAGACGAGUUAAAGGGAUAGUUCACCCAAAAAAGAAAAUUCUGUCAUCACUUUCUCCUUAUCAUGUUGUUAACAUGUAUGAUUUUCUCUUUUCUGGUGAACACAAAAUAAGAUAUCUUGAUAAAUGAUUGUAAGCACACAGCUGCAAAAACACAUAAUAUAUCAUUUUAUACAUACGUAUAAAUACAUUUUAGACAAAUUUUUAUAUUUUGGAAGGAAAACUAUAUUUUGUGCCCUAUGGGUUGUACAAAUAGAAAUGUAUUUGUUAGCCCUGAAAAACAUUUAGAAAUAUUUGCUAAUAGGUUAAAACUAAAUAUAUUUUGAAAUUCUAAAAUAUAUUUAAUUAAGCUCUAUUUUCUACAAAAUGUAUUUAUCAUAUAUAUUUAAAACAUAUUUUUAGGCAAAGAAAUAUGGGUGUGCUUACCAUCAUUAAUCAAAAUAUUUCCAUAAUAUUUGUUUCCUACUAUGGAGGUCAAUGGAUACAAUCAGCUGUCUGCUUAUCAUCAUUGAUCAAAAUAUCUUCUUUUGUGUUCAUCAAUAUAAAAAAUAUAUAUAAAUGUUUAGGACAAAAUACAGAUGACAUCCUUCUAAUUUUUGGGUGACCUUUUCCUUUAAGACAUGCUCAAUAACAUCAUGUCUAAUAUGAUCAUAUAGAUAACAUGCUGCUGUUAUUGAUCACAUAGUAUAUUCAUCAUAAACGGUGAACUCAGGAGAUCUCUGAAUUCAAAAUGUCAAACGAUACAAAGAUGUGCAUAUUCAUAAUACUUGCUUUUAAAGGUCAGUAUGCAAAUAGCACAAACUAGCUUAACACUGCCAAUCGAAUGGGACUUAACUGGUCAAAGAUUUCAUCUCCCCCUGACCAGCAUCUUUUUUUCCAAAGAAACUACAUGGAAGAUGAGAGUUAUAUUCCACUGCAGUCAAGCAAAUCAAACCAAAUUGUCAACAGUGAUGAUGCCAUCAGACACAAAUCUGCAGAUAUGUAUAUAUACUUGAUUCAUACUUAUGAGGCUUUCUGAAUCAACAGGUUGUUUUUUACACUGAUGUGAAACCAAUUUUGUGGUUUCUUUAAUGAUACAUUAGAUUCAGAAACUAACUUUUUAUGUAAAGCUGAUUUUGAAGAGUAGAAAAGAGCGGCAGAAUAGAUGAAAUUGAUACACAUACGACCAUCAGAUCUUGGCUUCUCAGAAGCACUGCCCCAGACUCAAGCACAGUAUUAUACAUUUCUUCUUUGUUAUUUUUUUAUGUUUUUUGUACAUUUGAUAUUUGCACUAAUCAUUUUUUAUAAGUGUUCUAUUUGUGUCUUUGUUUGUUACACAUUUUUUAAAAUGUUAUACAAUUUAUCGGAAGUACUACUCCAACAAUAUUAUAAUGUUAUCAUAUUACAACAUUAAAAGAAAAACAUUUUUGGAAAACAUUUUACAGGUUUAGAUUCAAACUGAAUUUUAAAAUUACUUUUUCACAAACAACCUUACAUUUUUUUUAAUUAAAUGUUUAAUUUUAUUUUCAUUACGUUAUUUACGUUAUAACUUUAAAUGGAAAUUUGAAUUUGAAGUAAUUUUUAUACAAUUUUAAGAAUUGUAUAUUGGUUGGUUUAGGAUUUAUUCUGACUAAAUUUGGUGGGAGUAAGAUUGACUUUGGUACAUUAUCAAAUAUAGUUGCAUGUGUUGAAAAUAAUUUGGUUUACCAUAAUGCUUUAAACCAUCUAAUUAUGGUGCCGUUCAUGUGCCAGUGCUCAGAUGAAAUGAUAAACAUUUUUACUGUCUGCCAGCCUUUGGAGUGUAUAAAAGACUGAUGUCCAAACUUGGUUACAUUUAUCUUUGACAAUGUCAUUCAACUUGUAUGUAUAUACUUUGCAUGCUCACAGAUUCCAAUCACGAUUGUCUUUUUGUGGUUUUCAGUUUUAACUGGCUUGUUUCUUUUAUACGGACUUGAAGGCCUUUAAAGGUGGUGUGUGUACAUUUUAGCGGCAUCUACUGGUGAGGUGGCGAUUUUCAACCAACAGCAUUGUCAUCUGAGACAACAUAGUGACCAAAUUGCGCUUUGUAAAACAGUUUGUCCAGUUAGGGCUACUAACAUGACGGCGACUUCCAUGUAAAGAGGCCCGCGGUGUAUGUAGAUAAAAAGGGCAUAUUCUAAGGUAAUAAAAGCAAUAUAGUUAAUUGUGUAAGGUCUUUAUACACCAUUGAUAAUAUAGUUUUGUCUAUUAUAUUGCAUCUCUGUCAAGAGAUCCUUUAAAAAGUUACACAAUGUACCUUUAAGUGCCUCUGCUGACCUCAGGUUAGGACACAUUGUUCAAAGAUCUCAUCUGAAUUUUGCUGUCUCAUUGGUCUGUACCCAAAAGCUUGGCGGGUACACAAACGUGUGUUUUAUCAAACACUCAUUCAUAGAAAGCACACAUUUAAAGUGCCUUCAAAGCCAGUAUUUUGCCUUAAAAUGGUGAACAUGUGUUUAGUUUUAGUUGUAUAUGUCAAAUGUUGUCUAUAACAUCUGUCACUUGUGAUUUUGAUACACUUUUUGUAUUAAAUAAAUACUACCUGCACAUAU